AUGGAGAGAGAGAGAAUCAAACAUUUAAGGCCUCAGAAUUCAGAUCAAGAACUGAGGAAACUUGAACAGGAAAAGGGUGAAUUGCGGGCUCAGAUAGGAUCCGUCGAGAAGGAAAUGAGAUCUGUCGAGAAGAAAAUGAAAUCUCUCAAGAAAUUAAUGAAGAACGUGGGAAAGGGAAAGAAGCCUGACCAAGAAGUGGAGGAAGGAAAGGACAAUAAGAAGAGUGGGAAAGAAAAUGAAGAAGAUGAACUCCAGAUAGAAAUGGGAAGACUCCAGAAAGAAAACAAUGAACUCCAAGUAGAGCUGAAAUGGAGAAGGACUCACAGGUACGCAGAUGACAUCACACUUAAUCCAGACACAGCCCACCCCAACCUCUCCAUUUCUGAGGAUAAGAAGAAAAUUACUCAUGAAACCCAACCUAAAACAGUCCUACCAACUCCAGAGAGGUUCGAUUCGACUGUCUCUGUGUUGGGCUCUGAAGGAUUCUCUGAUGGAAAGCACUACUGGGAGGUCAAUGUCAGAAGCAGCAAUGACUGGGACCUGGGAGUGGCCGUAAAAUCAAUAGAGAGAAAAGGAAAACUUUUCCUGUCCCCUAAAGAGGGAUUCUGGGAUCUGGGUUGGAGUGGGAGAGAUUACUGGGCAAAAACUGAUCCAUGGACCUGGGUCAAGGUGCAAAAAAAGCCAGAGAAAAUUGGAGUUUACCUUAGUUACCAAGAGGGGCAGGUGACCUUUUUCAAUGUAACUGACAUGUCUGUGUUGUUCACAUUUAAUGAUUGUUCAUUCUCAGGAGAGGUUUAUCCAUUCUUUAAAAAUUCCCACAAAAAAACAUCAAUGAGAAUUUGUUCUUUAAGAGAAGAUGAAUGAGUUUAAAGUGGCACUGCCACUCAUUUAUCCUAAUGUAUCUUUGAAAUCAAAUUUCCCAUCAAUGAAUUUGAAUUACAUUUUGCCUCUAUAUUAAUUCUGUGGUGCCAUCUCUAAAACAGCACUGUUAUUCAUUUUAUGGCUGUGAACCUAUGACACCAAGUUUCUCUCCAAUAAAAUUUGAACUGUAGUUUUUACUCUGUACUUUGUGAGCUGCCAUCUUAAUUACUUGCUUUCAACAACAAAUGAUUUUUUUGUUA